AUGAAUGACCAGACAAGUCUCUACAUCAUUCAUCAUGUUUUUCUACCGCCUCAACUGCCUCAAGCAGAUGACUUCAGCCCGGAGAAUGAGAGUGCCCUGCUCCGGUUCGUUCGAGAUUCUGUUGUCGACUUUCGAAAUUACGUCCCUAGCAGCCAAGCGGACUCCGUAGGGAUUGCCAUUGGCUUGAUGGAGGCCAUGAUUCGUAUUCAUCAGCCUCUGGGAGAUACUGUCGCCGUCGAGCAGGACGAGCUAUUCCAAAGCUUGCAACAUUUGGCCCGAGAUGGCGACAUCAUUCCUCUCAAUAUCAGCGCUCAAAAUGCUGGUGUGUUGAUCACCAAGGCUAAUAGGGCGAUCCAUGUGGAGGCAUUCGAGCUGUCUCCAACCAACGAGGCCGUCAUGUCAAACUUGGGCCGUCUCCGAAGGACAUUCCCCGGAGUGGGAGUCUCUAUUGAUCUGGAGGAUUUCGCCCUGCCAGACUUCCAGAAAAUGCUGGCUGAAACUUUAUCGAAGAUGAGCUCUCAGCCCGCGCUUGAAACCCAACCACUAGUGAAGAAGGCUGGGCAGCUUCAACAGGAGAACCGUGAUACCGCCAGUCCGAAGAUUGUCACUGAGCUCCUCUACUGGGCCUUGCAAUCCAUGGGACUUCCUCUUGACCAAGCGAGGAUCUCGAAAAACACCCGCGAAGAAGUCAACUGGAGGGAUGCUUCCCUUCCAUGGCGUCGUUCUCCGACUUGGCUGCUCGUUCGAGUCGGUUUGCAGUUGGCAUUUGACCGGAGCUCGGAUGGCAGGGACUACAGUCUUUACAAGACGUUCAUGGUCUUCCUCAUGGCCGCAAUACUUCGUCAAAUCAUCGACAUGAAAAUCAAGGUCUCGUCGGACCUCAUUCUCGUUAUGAUAUCGAAACUGUCUAGACGACUGCGCAAGUUCCAAAGUGUUCCGCUUCAAGCCGUCAUUGACCUUGUUCACAAGGCAAUGGUACGAUCUAACCAAGUCCUUUCGGAUCGUUGGAAUCAUAUUCAACGGGAAGACUCGCCCUGCCUGGCUACGGAGUUGGCCGAUCUGAAGACGUUGAAUUUCGAUGCAGACUCGCUCAUGCAUCUCCCAGCGCUUGAAAGCUUUCUGGCAUCCUUUGGCAGUCGAGGGCGGCAUUCGCAAAUUCUCGACUUCAGUCCGUCUUGGACUUUGAUCAAGUACAACCCGGCUGUCUUCCCCUCGACCGUACAAACACCAGACGAAGAACAUCUGCUCUUGCAUCUGAUCGUCUUCGAAACAUGGAUCGAACGGCAUCUACAAACCUGGCUCGCCAGCGAGGCUAGCAAAGCACACAGCGGGUCAUGUGCUAAGCUACGGAAUACCAUGGAAGCUUAUUACACUGCCGCCAAGAGUCUCUACGAGGGGAAUCCUGAGGCAACAUCUGUCAUGCUCUUGACGAUUCUGGAGCUAUGGAUUGCUUGUGAUAAAGCUGCCGUUCACUUGUUCCCGAUGCUGGGAGACUACAACCCCGAGAUCCCCAGAGGCGUUCUGCAGAAUUUGCUUCUUCCACUCGAGUGCCAGAUGAAGAGGCUUCAUGAGGCUGAGAAUUAUCUCCUUGAGCGCUUUCGCAACUGCAAGACCAUAGAAUUCGCCCCCAGCAUCUACCACACCUAUGGCUCUCAACGCUGUUUUCCCGUCCGUCAUUUUGAGCUGUCAAACGAACAUCAGGGCCUGAAGAAAAGAAUCGAGGCGAAAGCACGACAAGAUAGAGAGAGAAAAAUUGAAGAACUACGGAGAAAGAAAGAGCAGUACAAGUAUCUCAUCAGCAAACAUGAUUCCAGCAGUUGUGAGUUCUAUAAUGGUGUCGAUGCGAAAACAGGACGCUAUUACAGAGGCCACUGUGGCGGCUGCUCCCGGUGUUCAUACCUUCAACAAGCUAACAACUUGGAAAUCGAUAUUCACGAAUGGCCGUUGCCUAAAAGCCAGUUCGACGCAAUGUCGGUGGUGUUUGAGCUUUUGGUGCCGGAAUCAUUCGGACAAUGGCGGGAGGCGAGCGUGUUUUUCCUGUUUAAAGUUCUGGAGGUUAUACCGCAGAUUGGGGAUCAGGUUCAAAACUCUUCUUACCCUUUGAGAGACUACCAAGGUCUUUCGAGUUUCUUUCAGCAAUCCUUUGAGACACAGUUCAUCAGCCUUCUUUCUGAAGUCAAGCCGAAUACAGUUACCCACCGGAAGCUCAUACCCAUCGCGACUGCUACCAAAAUGCAAGUCUGUCUGGACAACGCACUACAGUACGCCUACUAUGAUAACCGGAGACACUGCUUUAUGGAGUCAUUUGAACCAUCCGAUAUUGUUCCUCAGCAUUGUACUUACAAGUUGCCCGCCGCAUCGACGGCAUUGCAACAGUUUCUGCUCCGGCCAUCAUCAUGCCCCAGCGGUCCAACACCCAACACCGUCAUCGCAACACUUCAUGAGUGUCCCGACAACAUGUCACUUGAGGAGUUCAAGGCUCUCGCCUCAAUUCCUCUUGGAUACAAUUUGCAGUGGAUGAACAUCUUGCUGCAGUUAUUCGCCCCAUCAGUCGACUUUAAAAAGAGGGAGACCGCCUUGGUGGUUCUUCAGUGCAUCUAUCAAGCAGGCCCAGACGAUGAUUCGGAUUGCAGAAGGGCUCAUAAGAUCUGUGGAGACGAGCAUUUUGCAAAGAAGCUGCUAGAUGGUCUGGCCGAAGCCAUUACUCGCUAUGAGGAGAAUUGGCAAUCCUCAUCUGCGCUGGCGACUUUCACGGCCUUGGCUCGACGUCUUUUGAGCCUUACUCCGUUCGCCAACAUUCAGAGACGAUGCUUCGAAGUUCUUUCCGAGGCGAGAAGCAUCACAUUUCGCUGGGCUCAGAUCCUCAAGACAAAGGCGCAGGAUGCCACCAACGAUGAGUUCAAACUGGAUUUCCAAUCCCGGGCUUUGGAGGUUGUUUUAAUCUGUGCGGAUACAUUCAAUGUGGACGAGCAAUUUCAAGGAGAUAUCUUCUCGGAAGGCUCCGCCAUCUCGACGUUCUUCCAGUGCUGCAUCGCUAUUCAGGAGGGUCAACCGUUACUUGGAUCUUUAGGGGCUUUCAUCCGCCAGCUUCACUGUCGCUGGCAACGAGCAACUUACCUUCAUCACCGGUAUCUGGCCGAGAUGAUAUUGUCGAGAGACAGCCCUGGACUUGACGACGCGAUCAGUGCGAACUGGUCAAGCUACGAGCCCAGUCGGGAGUGGAACGUUCUAUCCGAGACACACAGCUCAUGGUUGGCCAGCGUUACCGCAUCCGCAACCAACUCUCUGCCCGUACAUUUCAAUCUCGUGACAGGCGAGCUCCUUGUCAAUGGCCUUCCUUUGGACCAUUUACCCCAGGAAUAUCUCACCCACGUGACCUACCAAAGUCUCUUUGGGCGUCUGUCUCUCGAAAUUUUGCCGACGUCGAUACCUGGCAUGACAUUUUCCUCGAAGCGACCCUAUGCUGGGCACGUUGUCAACCUAGGUCUUGACAGUGAGAAAAAUCUCUUGGUGCAUGCAAUCCAGGGUCAGAAGCGAUUUGACUUGGUCCCGAAGAGUUGCUUCACAGGGCUGUUUCCGACAAAGUUCGUCGACGACUUCCUUCAUUGGUACGACUACAGCGACAUGUGCAUCGAGUUCUGUGACCUCAACACGCCCUGGAAGCAUGCAGCGUCCAAUUGGAGGCUUAUGAAGGAUGAAUCCAUUGGCACUUGGACCAUGACACGCAAUGGUUCGCAUCUGGUCAACGUCAACAGUCAUUCUGCCAAACUCAUCUCCAAGAUCCUGAAGCCAUUGGAAGUCCCUUUUUCCAUUCACAUCGUUCUGCAGAAUGAGAGUUCAAUCGUCUCUAUAGACCUUCCCCGCGCUCUUCUUGAAUUCAGCCUCAGGCCAGGAGAAGCCUCAAUAAUGUCGAGGCAGUAUCGGGGCAUGUCGGUGGACCCAAAUCAGGCAGUCGGAACUCUGAUCGGUCUCAGAGAUAAGUUGGUUCUCAAAGUCGACAAGACUCCACAUGCCGCUCUCCCUGCCGCGCGCAAGAUUCUUGUCCUUGAAGGAAAGCUUUCCUACUUCAGAAAGGAUGACCAUGUCGAAGUCAGCAUUAGCAAAGGUCUUGCGCCAAGAGUACACGCCUACGAAGUGGACAAAACACUGAAUAGACUAGUCGGCAACGGCAGUCGACAGAGCAAGCUGUUUCUUUGCUACUUGCAUGCCUUGACAGCUUUUGGUAUUCCGGAUCCUCUUACCCUUAGGACGGGUACCGAAGAGGCUUUGUCAAUUCUCAGCUCAGCCUCGGUCAGGUCGUUUGACGUUCUGACGACCGAGAACGUCCAACUACUUGCCGAGAUCUCUUGUCUGAGUCCGACCAGGAGCUACUAUCCUAAACAUGAGCGUGUGAUGCAGACCGUAGGCUGGGACUCGCGACUCAGCUUCUUGUCUCAACAUGGUCUAUUCCGCGAAUUCGUUCAGACAAUCUUCACACAAAGCACCAGAUCCAAGUUCUUCUUGCCUCAACAAUAUGUCAGUCCACCUAGGCUGAAUACUGUGGAUCCCCAACUUCUCGUACGAGACAACAUUCGAACGGCAGUGUUUCGGGUAUCAGGGUUCGGCGCUGAGUGUUACACCGUUGAUCACGAUGUUCUUUACGAACCAAGGGAUCGAUACGACUCCUCGCAAGGAUCUCGAGCGUUUUCAGCGGCCAAGCUGGUCUUCUGUGAUCAGCCAUUGCUGUCUAUGCCGGUGCCCGGUUGCAUGGAGACUCAUCUCUGGGGUUUUCUUUCGAGAGGAAGCUUGAUACUCGGCCCACAUUCAUCUCUUCCAACACACGACAUAACAUACAACGCCGAUUUCUUACAAGAAUCCUCUCAGUUCAUUACAGAGAAUUGGACCGCACUACAGUCUGAGUCGAAGUCCAAAGUCAAUAAAUACAGGUUUAUGAUGUGGUUAGCAACGAUUGCCUUUGCGGAGAACACGGACUUUGCAGUGGUCCAGACCUUGGCUUCUUUCAGGACAAGCAGUACUAUUCACGCACUCUCUGCGCCCAUGGCAGAUGUCUUCAACCUAUCGAAUGGCGCAAAUUUCAGAGCUUCAGAAGUGAAAUACGAUAUUGAGACAGAACUGAUCCCUGUCAACUGCAGUCCCGAAGCUCAUAUGCAGCAAUUGCCGUACGAAUGCGAAACUUCGUUCAUGAAAAGGAAGGACGAGGAAUUCCAAAAGAACAGACGCAAGGCUAACUGGCACGUAUAUGUGCGGGUUGGCAAGGCCAUGGAAAAGGUCAGGGCGCUUUUCAAAACUUGGCACGAUAACCUGCAUUUCCGCAAUUACCUUAGAGAGGUCGUUGCCGCCUUGCCGACUACAGUCAAGCCAUUGAUACUGGCGAAGCCUUUGUUGACGACACCAGACUGGACCUUGACGGAUCGUCCUCGUUUCUUGAGCGAAGAUGAUAUGUUCAUCCCGCCGCCACCUUCAAUUAGGGAAGAAUCAUGGGUUUUGGAUUACGAGUCAUUUUCCAAGUACCCUGAGAGAGAGGAUCGAUUGCCAGCAUUGCUUUCUCGACUCGGCAAGCGCAACCUUGGCCGGUACGAAGAGCAUUACGUCAAGGCAUUGGGUUCAAGCAUGAAGGCUUUGAAGUGUCAUCAAUUGACGCAAGAGCAUGACCGCCCAUCACACCAUGACAGCACAGAGAAGCUGGUUUCCUACCUGAAAUUCUGGCAAGCAAAUAUGAAAGAGAUAUACAGCCUCAUUUUGUGCAGCCUCAUGAGUGCUGAAGGAUCAAAUGAUCACUCGUCGCCUUGCCUAUUUCCCGACUUUUACCAGUACCCGAGAAUCUCAGCCUCGUCGCUUCUUGGUAGACUGAACCAUCUGCAUAUCACCUCUACGUCAGAAGCUUGGAAGAGAGCGUUGACGCAGUUCGGCAUUGCAAUCUGCCAAAUUCAACGCGCGAAGCGGAUGUUGGGUUUACUGGAAGACCCCGCUGCUUUGGCAACUGAGUUGCGCAACCCGGGCCAUACAAACUGGUCUCCCAUCAAGUAUCCAGACACUCUCCUACUGGAAGUCGAGAGCGGACUUAUUGUCAGGGAGGUACAAGAAGAGAUCGCGGCCAGCAUGAGAAGCCCAACAGACAAUGAGAACGUUGUCAUGCAGUUGAACAUGGGCGAAGGGAAGUCAUCGGUCAUUGUGCCCAUGGUGGCAGCGGCUCUGGCUGAUGGAACACGACUUGUCCGGGUUAUUGUGGCCAGGCCUCAAUCGAAGCAGAUGCUCCAAAUGCUCGACUCGAAGCUUGGAGGCCUGCUUCAAAGGCGCAUUUUUCAUAUGCCGUUUUCCAGGGCAGUCAAGGUCGGGGAACAUGAGGCGAGAGUUAUCAGUUCCAUCUUUGAAGAUUGUAUGGCCUCUGGAGGAGUUCUCCUAGUCCAACCGGAGCAUAUCUUGUCGUUCCAGCUCAUGGCGAUUGAAACCGCUAUCACCGGAAAGAUCGGUCUCAGUCACCUGCUCGUCAGUUCCAAGGACUUUCUCGACGAAUUCACACGCGACAUAGUGGACGAGAGCGAUGAGAAUUUCAGCGUGAAGUUCGAGCUGGUUUAUACAAUGGGUACCCAACGGCCUGUCGAGCACAGUCCGGAUCGAUGGAUUUGCAUACAUCAGGUGCUUGAAGUCAUGAGGAAACUUCUUCCAGACGUCCAGAGGGAAGAUCCUAGGUCGCUAGAGGUUGCUGGACGAAAUGCUGGCUGUUUCCCGCGCACGCGAAUCUUGCGGGAUAGUGCGAAAGCUACUUUGCUUGAUCGCCUGGCUCGUCACCUUAGCGAAGCUGGCUCGGCUGGACUUCCGAUGGGAGCUCAGCCUGCCUCAGUUCAAAAGGCGGUUUACACCUACAUUUCCAAGACUAGCCUCUCACAGGUUGAAAUUGAGGCGGUGGAAAAAUCUGAUCUCUGGUCGCCGGCUACUCAAAACACACUGCUUCUUUUGCGAGGGCUUAUUGCCGGCCAGGUUCUAAGCUUUGUGUUCUGUCAGAAGCGAUGGAGGGUUGACUUCGGCCUGGAUCAAAACAGACGACCAAGCACGCAGCUCGCAGUUCCAUAUCGAGCAAAAGACAACCCAAGCGCCCGCUCCGAAUUCAGUCACCCAGAUGUGGUCAUAACUUUAACAUCGUUGAGUUAUUACUAUGGCGGCUUGACUGAUUCCGAUCUCUUCAUGAGUCUCGAGCAUCUGGCUCUUUCGGAUCAGGCUGACAUGGAAUACCGCGUCUGGGUGCGAGACAGCGAUAAACUGCCUCUCUCGUUUCAUCAAUUGUCUGGCGUCAACUUGGAAGACCGCCCGCAAUGCAUUGAGCAGCUUUUCCCAUGUUUUCGCCAUGCCAAGGGUGUUAUUGAUUACUUCCUUCAGCACAUUGUAUUUCCCAAGGAAAUGAAGGAAUUCCCGCACAAGCUUUCUGCCUCGGGAUGGGACAUAGGAGAGAGGACAUUGAAUCCAACGACCGGCUUCAGCGGAACCAAUGACUCGCGAGCCUUCUUGCCAUUGAGCGUCAACCAGCUGGACCUCCCGAAACAGACGCAUACAAACGCUUUGGUCCUCGAGUAUCUUCUCCAGGAUGAAAACUCUGUGGCGCUGAUUCCAGCAGAUUCAAAUCCCUCCAAGUCAGAUGCCGAGGCUCUCCUGGAAAUGGUUGUGCAGCUGAAACCUCCUGCUCGAGUAAUUCUUGACGUUGGCGCUCAAAUUUUGGAACUUGAUAAUCUUGGAGUUGCGAAAAAGUGGCUCGAGAUGACAAGGGAUAAUGAGACAACACAAGCUGUUAUCUUUUGCGACGAGAACGACAACAUCUGUGCUGUGGAUCGAAAGGGCCGCGUUGAGAGCUUCCAGACUUCACCUUUCGCCAGCCAGACCGACGUAUGUCUCGUCUUCCUUGACGAGGCUCAUACGAGAGGCACAGACCUCAAACUUCCGGCAGGAUAUCGUGCAGCGGUGACCUUAGGGGCAAACUUGACCAAAGACAGAUUGGUGCAAGCCUGCAUGCGAAUGAGAAAGCUCGGUAAAGGCCAGUCAGUGGUUUUCUGCAUAUCAGAUGAGAUUAGGGACAAUAUCGCCUCCCAAUCGCACAUUGACAAAGCCUCUAUCACCGUGACUCAUAUUCUGGAGUGGUCUAUAUCCGAGACGUUCACGGAUCUACAACGAGGUAUUUGGCUAUGGGCGAACCAAGGUCGUCGGUAUCAGCGGCACAGAGCUUUGUGGGACGAAUCCAUCGUGGUUGAAGUCACAAACCUGACUGAGGAUCAUGCGGAGAGAUUUCUUGAAGAGGAGGCGCAGACUUUGGAGAAUCGAUAUCGACCAGGGCACCAACUAACAGCUGAUUUGAUGGACAACGAUGACGCCGGCGAUGCAAUUACCCAAAGACUGCUACAGUUUGGCCAUCUCAACGCACAAUCUGCGACGUUUAGAGAGGAACAAGAGCGGGAGCUAUCACCAGAAGUUGAGCAGGAGAGGGAAGUGCAAAAGCCCCCUCCUGCAUCACCUGCGAAACAUCACAUACACCCCGAUCUACGCGCACUUGUAACUCACGGUGCGCUUAAGAAGCAUUCGGCAGCAUUCAAAUUCGCCUUUCGAUCCCUGUCAGACACAAGCGCCGCUCAACACUAUGAUGUGAACAGGCUCCCGCAAAGACUCUUAGUGACGGCCGACUUUGCUCGAACCAUCAUCCCACUGGGAAAAAGCUACGUGUCGGAUCUGUUUCAAAGAUCUGUCCAGUGGAUUCUCACAGUUGAUAAGGAUGAUUUUCGAUUUCGAGCGGCGAUUAUCAUCAGUCCUUUUGAAGCGCAAGAACUUUGGCCAGAAAUACAGACGUCCACCCUUGUUUCGCUUCACCUCUAUGCUCCACGACCAAAUUUGGGGUUCCGUCCUCUGGACGGUUUGGAUCUCUACACCAUUCCGCAUCGCCUACAUGCCCAAAGCCUCCCCCCUCGACUUGUCACUGAGCUCAAUCUCUUCUCGGGUCAGCUUUACGUCAAAUCUAUGGAUGACUAUCAGGACUUGCGGAAAUUUCUCGCCUUGGAUCCGGAGGACUUGACCGCUUGUGGUACCGGGUCAAGCCAAGCGACUGAUCGAGGGUUUCUCAUUCAGUUUGUCAAAGUCGUGUUGAUGAAGAUACGCAGGAACUGUGAGUCGAUUGACAAGACUCACUUGGGACGAGUAUUAAACCAGAGGAUCUUGGAAGCCUCAGAUUUCUACGAUGGGAACUAG